AUGGCUUCGAAGAGGUCCAGCGCCGAUGCAGUCAACAAUGAAGCUGGCCAGCGAGUCCUUCGUGCACGAGUUGCUGUGGGCACCCGAUCUCACUACAAUACGAUGAAUGCUCAUCUCUUGAAGAGGAAACACAGCCGAGUUCCGUUCAAGCGGGAGUUUGAUACGUUUGCCGCUGCCUGUGGACGAGACGCCCUUGUUGUAAAAUUCGGUCGCACGAAGAACGACAAAGAUGGCGCAAACAGCUUCCCUCGGCAUGUGUAUGCCAAUCCGCAUGACCCUGCUAUUUGCACCAUUUUGAAGUUUGAAGUCUAG